AUGCCAAGGAAAUUCGAUAAAAAGAAUGCUAAAACUUUCAAUAUAGUUCAUAGAGCACAUGAUGAUGUAAAAUUCUAUGACGAUGAUGCCGCUCAGAAUGUUUUAGUUGAACAACAAAAUCAAAAACCAUCAACUUCGAAAAAUAAAAAGAUAUAUUCUACAAAUGAUCUAGAAGCAAGAUUGAAGAAUAAAGUAAGAGAGAAUGAAGGACUAGCUGCACAAUACGGUAUAACAUAUGACGACUCAAAUUACGACUAUAUGCAACAUUUGAAACCUAUAGGUGACGAUAAUGAAGGAGUAUUUAUCAAAGCAAAAGAUGAGACAUCUCAACCUAAGAAACAAUUGAACUUGGAAGAGUUAUUAAGAGAUAAUUUACCAUCGGAAGAGAAAAGAUAUGUAGCAAGAGAUUUAAAUCAAAGUAUACCCGAUGAAUUAAAAGGUUUUAAUCCAAAUAUGGAUCCAAGAUUGAGAGAAGUAUUGGAAGCAUUAGAAGAUGAAGCAUAUAUAGAAGAUACGCAAAAAGAAACAGGCGAUGAAGAAGAAGGAGACGUAGAAGACGAUGAUAUGUUUGCAGACUUGUUAAAAUCAGGAGAAAUUCAAGAUGAUGAAUAUGAUGAUUAUUAUGAUGAUGAAUAUAAUGAUGAAGAUUAUGAUGAAUGGGAUAUGGAUAAUUAUGAAGAUGAAUAUAAUGAAAGGUAUGAUGAACAACCUGAAGAAUUGGCUGGGAAUAAAGAAAUUAAUGAAAAUUGGCAAAAAGAUUUUGUAAAAUUUAAAAAAGAUUCUAAGAAUAAAACAAAUGAGUGGGAUUCAGAUGAUGAAUUUGAAGAAGAAGAUGAACCAGGAGAAGAAGAAGAAGAAGAAGAACACGAUAAUCUAGGUGAAUUACCAAACCUUGAAAAUAAAUCCAAAAAAUCAAAAACCAAAUUAAGAAAAAAAAAAGGAGCAAUGACAGAUACAUCAUCAUUUUCAAUGUCAUCAUCAGCAUUAUUCAGAACAGAAGGAUUAUCAAUACUAGAUGAUAAAUACGAUCAAUUGAACAAAAACUACACUGCUAAAGAUAUAACCACAACUCAAAAACCAUUUAAUAUGAGUGAAGAAAGAACUGAUUUUGAAAAUUUAUUAGAUGAUUUUUUGGAUAAUUAUGAAUUAGAAAGUGGUGGAAGAAAAUUAGUUAAAAAAGAUGAUGAAAAAUUGAAAUUACAAAAAGCUGCUAAAUCUGUUUCAAAAGGUAAAAAUGGUGAUUUAAAUAAAUCUUUUCAAAAUUUAAAACUAGAUAAAUAG